GCCAUCUUUCCAGCCGGCUUCCAGGAGAAGAACACGUUGCUGGGAAAAAAACUUAAGUUUCACCCGCAAUUUUUGGUGUCUAAACGUCGUUUCUCGUCUGUUUUCUUACAAGCCCGGUAACCGGAGGCGAAUAGGGCCCCCACGGGUGCUAGCGUCCGUCAUCCCAGCCCCCCACCAUGGCGGAUAAAAACACCAGGAUCGCCAUCGUCAACCACGACAAAUGCAAACCCAAGAAAUGCCGUCAGGAGUGCAAGAAGAGCUGCCCCGUGGUCCGCAUGGGUAAGCUGUGUAUCGAGGUGACUCCCCAGAGUAAGAUCGUCUGGAUCUCAGAGUCUCUGUGUAUAGGCUGCGGCAUCUGCAUCAAGAAAUGUCCGUUCGGAGCGUUGUCGAUCGUCAACCUGCCCAGCAACCUGGAGAAGGAAACCACACACAGAUACUGCGCCAACUCCUUCAAACUGCACCGACUGCCGAUCCCCCGGCCCGGUGAGGUUCUGGGGCUGGUGGGGACCAACGGUAUCGGCAAGUCCACAGCUCUGAAGAUCCUGGCCGGAAAACAGAAACCCAACCUGGGCCGAUUCGAUAAUCCUCCAGACUGGCAGGAGAUCUUGACCUACUUCAGGGGGUCUGAGCUGCAGAACUAUUUCACCAAAAUCCUGGAGGACGACCUGCGGGCCAUCGUCAAACCGCAGUACGUGGACCAGAUCCCAAAAACUGUCAAGGGGUCAGUGGGAUCCAUCCUGAGCAGGAAAGACGACACAGACACACAGACCAUUGUCUGUGCCCAGCUAGAUCUGAGUCACCUGCGAGAGAGGAACGUGGAGGACCUGUCCGGAGGAGAGCUGCAGAGGUUCGCCUGCGCCGUCGUCUGCAUCCAGAGAGCAGACAUUUUUAUGUUCGAUGAGCCGUCCAGUUACCUGGAUGUGAAACAGAGGCUGAAGGCUGCCAUCACCAUCCGCUCACUCAUCACCCCGGACAGGUACAUCAUCGUGGUGGAGCACGACCUGAGCGUGCUGGACUAUCUGUCUGACUUCAUCUGCUGUCUGUACGGAGUACCCAGCGCCUACGGAGUCGUCACCAUGCCCUUCAGCGUCCGAGAGGGUAUCAACAUCUUCCUGGACGGUUACGUCCCCACGGAGAAUCUCAGGUUUCGCGAGACCUCGUUGGUCUUCAAGGUGGCCGAGACGGCCAAUGAGGAGGAGGUGAAGAGACUCCGACACUACCAGUAUCCAGAGAUGGUGAAGACGAUGGGCGAGUUCUCGCUGGAGAUUAAGCCCGGAGAGUUUUCGGACUCUGAGAUCAUGGUGAUGCUGGGAGAGAACGGCACAGGGAAGACGACUUUUAUCAGGAUGUUGGCUGGAGGACUUAAACCUGAGAGUGGAGGUGAGGUUCCCAUCCUGAACGUGAGCUACAAGCCUCAGACCAUCAGCCCAAAGUUUAAGGUCCGUUCAGUCAAUCACUUCACCAUCAGUUAUACAUACAGCACAACCUUUAUUUAUAAACCGUUUUGCACACAGACAGUUCUCUGGAAACCAGUUUUCAUUCAUUCUUUUGUAGUUCAGUAUGAAAACCAACUUCUGUUUAGAGCACGAUGAUUUGUUUCAUGCUGC